AUGCUGUCUAUGACAUCUGUCGUUAAGGCAGCCAACUUCAUUCUUGCAAGACCAGCAUUAGCAACCCUUGUCAAACCAAUUGCGAAAGCGUUCACUGCAUAUGCAGGUUAUAGAGAGAUGGGUUUAAAAUUCAACGACUUACUUUUAGAAGAAACACCAAUUAUGCAAAAAGCAAUAAAAAGAUUACCACCAUCAGUAAGUUAUGCAAGAAAUUUUAGAAUUUUAAGUGCUAAUCAAUUAUCACUUCAACAUCAAAUUUUAAGUUCUGAAAAAGCUCUUAAACCAGAAGAAGAUGAUCAUUAUUUAAUACCUUAUAUUUUAGAAGCUGAAAAAGAAGCUUUUGAAAAAGCUGAAUUAGAUAAUAUUGAAGUUAAAAAAAAUUAA